UUCAGUUUAUUCUAGGGCAAACACGUUAUCCGUGUUAAGAGAAAUGAAAGUGAAAGUUGGAGAUUUGAGCCGCUUUAGCCUCGGUGACUUUAGAUUCAUUUAGCAAAGUAGAAACUCCGAGAUGGCGGACGAGUUUCCAUUUGCUGUGAUAGUCGAAGGUAAAUGGAACACCGAAUCUUCAAAACUAAAGAACAAGCUUACUCUUUAUUUCUCCAGUGUAAAAAAAUCUAAUGGAGGAGAAUGCAGGGUGAAACACGAGGCUUCCGACUCUCAGAGAGCAACAGUGAGCUUCAAAUCAGAACAAGUCAGACAGAAUGUUCUUGCAAAAAAACAUCAUGAGAUCAAGUUGGGUGAUGUAAGUGUGACCCUUAAUGUUCACAUUCCUGAAUCUGAGGCAGACACUAGUCAGAAAACAGAGUCUUCAGUCAGCACAAAUCAAACAGAAAAAACAUCUGCCAAAUAUGAAGAACCAGCUACUACUGAAUCUGGACCUGCUGAAGGCUCAUCACGACGAUCAGCUGUGAUUGAAAACAUCCAGACCAUGAAUAAGGAGAUGCUGGUUAUGCUGGUGGAGAAUAUCCUCAAGAACAGAUCUGAUUUAAACUUUAAAGUAGAAGUCAUCCCUGAAAGCAACUGUGCUGUGGUUACUUUUGCUAAAAUAAAAGAUGCAAAAGACUUCAUCCUUUUCAGCCCAGACAACUCAUUGAUUAAAAAGAAGAACCUGAAAACCAGGUUUCUUGAAAUGACAACGAAAAAAACAGAGUCUUCAGUCAGCACAAAUCAAACAGAAAAAACAUAUGCCAAAGAUGAAGAACCAGCUACUACUGAAUCUGGACCUGCUGAAGGCUCAUCACGACGAUCAGCUGUGAUUGAAAACAUCCAGACCAUGAAUAAGGAGAUGCUGGUUAUGCUGGUGGAGAAUAUCCUCAGGAACAGAUCUGAUUUAAACUUUAAAGUAGAAGUCAUCCCUGAAAGCAACUGUGCUGUGGUUACUUUUGCUAAAAUAAAAGAUGCAAAAGACUUCAUCCUUCUCAGCCCAGACAACUCAUUGAUUAAAAAGAAGAACCUAAAAACCAGGUUUCUUGAAAUGACAACGAAAGUAAAACUUGAGGAUGUACCUACAAACAUGAACUCUCUCCAUAUCACAUUGUAUUUUGAAAGGUAUUGUGAACCCAGUGACCUUCAAAUGCUUGAUGGUGAACAGUCCGCUAUAAUCACAUUUGAAGACCCUAAAGUUGUGAAUAAAAUUCUCGAAAACUCACAUCAGAUCAACAAGCAGCCUAUAAAGGUAUUCCCAUACUACGAUUGUUUGGGAACGGCUCUCUACGGUGAAGAAAGACCAACUCUGAAACUCCCAGAGGCCUUAACAGAAAAUAUCGACACGUCUGUCCUAAUAUACUUUCAAGAACACCAAAAAGCUCUGAAAUAUAUCAGGGACAGUUUGGCUGAACAUUUCUGUGAUCUGGAUCUUAAAGUCCCAUGUGUCAAAAUUAGCCCUCUACCUUCAAUUCUUCAACAAGGUCUAAAGACGAGACAGCUCAUCCAUUCAUGGAGAAAGAGAGCAUCUGAUGCCUUUACUCACACAGUGUCCAAAUAUAAAUCCAUGGAGAUUAAGAUCGCUAAGAAUGUAUGGGCUGAAUUGGAAGUGGAAAUCCGCAAAGUUUUGUCAUCUGAGCCUGUUACCCUGGUCUCUUAUAAGGAUCAGGGAACGAUGGUCAUAGCAGGCCUCGCAGAAGACGUAGAUCGAACUAGGGCUGUUGCACAAAGUGUCAUUACUACAAUUACUCCAGUGAUCCAAAGAGAAAAAGAAAGCAUAACAGAUAAGAUGGACAUGACUCCAUCCAUAUAUGGGAUCACAAUGCCAGGUGGUUUGGAGCAGGAAAUCUGCAAAUGUUUUCCGAAGCUAGAGCUGAAGUACCAUACUGAAAGCAGGAAGUUAACUUUCUUUGGACUAAGGCAAGAGGUAUUAGAGUCAAAAAAUAAGAUACUGCAAGAGAUGAUUGGUCUAAAGAAAAGAAUGGUGAAACUACAUCCAUCUGUUUUUGAGUUUCUGACUAAGGUGGAUCAAGAGGAACUGAUAAGAGUCAUAUUUUUAUCCAAUGGGAUCAAUGCAUCAUUCGAAAUUAAGGACAACGAUGUAUAUCUUGUUGCCAAAACAGAUAAGGAUUUGAAGGAUGGUGAGGAUCAGCUGAAAGAACAGUUAAACAAUACAUGCUUUGACAUCGAGGAUACCAAUGUGCUCAGGAUGGCAGAGUGGCAGGUUCUUCUCACUUCCCUGACAAGCACUUUCAAUUCAUCAGUAUUGACCAUUGUAUCAGACAGCCAAGUAAAAAUUUCUGGCUUUGCUGAAUCAGUUAAGGUAGUCCAGAAACAGCUUUCUGAAUUUGUACACAUCAAUGCUCACAUUACUGAAUUACUUCAGGAUAAUACGACUAUUGUGAAAUUCAUCAAGGAGCACAAACAGCAAGACUGGUAUCAAAAGGUCAAAGAUGUGACAGUUGACAUUAAAGAUGCCACAAUUUCAUUGGGUGGCCCAAGGCAGUAUGUCAACGAGAGUAAGCUCGUCUUCAGUGACCUUCUGUCAUCUGUUUACUGCAACAAAGUCAAAAUAGAUAAACCUGGUGCUAAAAAGUUGUUCAAGAGCAAAGAGUCAAUGUUGGUUGCUACAGCAAUGACCAGCAUGGGAUGCUUACUAGAACUAGUAGAUGAACUUGACCUCAGUCAGACUGUUCAUACCUCGGAUAAAGUGAAGAUAACAGUAAACAAAGGCGACCUGUGCUUCUAUCCAGUUGAUGCUGUAGUCAAUGCAGCCAAUGAGAACCUUCGGCUUGAGGGAGGACUAUCAAAGGCACUAUCUGAUGCUGCGGGGCCACAGCUACAGGAUGCCUGUAACGAGAUCAUUAAAACACGAUCACAGCUGAACACAGGGGACGCUGUUCUUACUAAAGCAGGAGGACAGUUGCGUUGCAAAUACGUCAUUCAUGCAGUAGGACCACAGUAUAAUAAUUCUGAUCCUCAAAAAGCAGUUGAUCUUUUAAAGAAAGCUGUAAAAAAUUGUCUGGGGCUUGCUAACAAAGAAAAAUGCCAGUUAAUUGCCAUCCCAGCCAUUAGUUCGGGAAACUUUGAAUUCCCGUUGGACCUUUGUGCAGGCACUAUUGUUGCAGCAAUAAAGGAAUUCUUUGAAUCUGUAAGAGGCUCUAGUUUAACACAAAUCUUUCUCAUUGACCAAAAUGAUAAAAUCAUCAAUGCUUUAGAAGCUGCAGUGCAAAAAGUAUAUGGAAGCACUCCCAAGGUUCAUGGGACAACAUUCAAGACCAUUUUAAACAGGCCGUGGCAAAACCAGCCAAGAUCUACAAAUGAUGGUUCCCUGAGUGCUACUACGAAUGAAGGAAUAAAAAUAAACCUUCAUAAGUGCAACAUCCAAGAUACAUCUUUGGAUGUGGUGGUAAACUCUAUUUCAUCUGAUUUGUCCCUUACCCAUGGAGAAAUCCCAAACGCCAUUUCUAAAGCAGCAGGGCCUCAACUUCAAACACUUCUUAACCAGCAGGCUACAGCACCCGCAAGCAUUGGGGCAAUCUUUGUGACUAGUGGCUGUAAUCUGAAAAACAAACAGGUCUUCCAUGCUGUGGCACCACACUAUAAGCAGGGACAGGGUUUGGAACAGACGUUGGAAAAGUUGGUGAAUGAAUGUCUAGUGCUGGCAGAGAAGCAGAAGCAAAGUUCCAUCGUCUUUCCUGCCAUUGGUACGGGAAAAUUGGGUUUCCCAAAGCCAACAGUGGCGUCACUCAUGCUGGAUUCAGUUGUUAAAUUUAGCAAAAACAGGACCUCCAAGCAUGUGCAAGAAGUAAUGUUUGCUCUCCAUCCCACUGACACCAGCACUAUCCAGGUCUUUUCAGAUGAGUUCAAGCUAAAGUUUAACAUCCAGUCACCCUCAACAAGCAGCUCCAGUGAAGGUUACUUUUCAAAAAUCACCUCACCAAAGACUGGGAUUUAUGAAACCAAGGUGGGAGAAGUUGUGCUGCAGGUUCUCGCUGGUGACAUCACUAAAGAGACUACUGAUGUUAUUGUAAACUCAACCAAUGAUGACUUUACACUAAAAUCAGGUGUCUCAAAAGCUAUUUUGGAUGCAGCUGGGGCAAAUGUUGAGGCUGAAUGCAAGCAGCUUGGAACACAGAAUAACAACGGUCUGAUUGUGACUCAGCAGGGCAAUCUGCAAUGCAAAAAAAUAAUUCAUGUUUCAGCAAAAAGUAAUCCUACAAUAAUCAAUGAACGAGUCAAACAAGCACUGGAAAUGUCUGUGCAGCAAAACUUCACCUCCAUUGCCUUUCCUGCCAUUGGCACAGGUCAAGGUGGUGCUAAUCCAGGCCAGGUUGCAGACUCAAUGCUGGAUGCUUUUGGGGAUUUUGCAACCAAGACUCCUCAGUCCUCCCUCAAACUAGUGCGCUUUGUGAUCUUUCAGGCCCCAAUGUUGAACGACUUCUACCAAAGCAUGUUGCAAAAAAUAGUAACUAGCCCCCAGAAAAACAGGGAUACCUUUCAGAGAUCAGGCUUAAGAAGAUAUCAAUCAAUGUACCAACUGCAGGACAUUGGAUUUGAAAUUGAGGAAAAGGUGGUGGAUGCAGCUUUGUUCUCCAUCUGUGGGCCCUCUCAAAAUGCUGUGGCCGAAACCAAGCAGUGGCUAGAGAAAUACAUCUCAGAUGAACAUGGGUUUCAAUCCAUAUCCGAUCCACUGAUCUACAGCCUGUCUGAUAAAGACCAACAGCGUAUCAAAGACCUUCAAAGAACUUUGGCUGUUAUUGUAAAAAAGACAAACAAUGCUCAGGGGGCAACAGCAGCAAACUCCGAAGGGGUCACACUAACAGUUGAGGGCCUCACUAAGGACGUUUUGGUGGUUGUAGGUGAAAUCCAGGCAAUGCUCAGAACAGCCAGGGAUGAGCGGGAACUGCAGAAAGACAUGGAGACAGCAAGUGACCUUGUAGACUGGCAAUUCAAACAGAGUGGCAAGUUCACCAGCUUCAACCAAAAAACGAAUUAUGAUUUGGAACAAUCAUUCCUUCAAAAUGCUGCCCAAGUGGAUAUUACCUUUCAAGGUUCAGUGUACAAAGUCACACUACCGGAUGGUCCUGCUGUGAGUGGUGGUAAUCAGAUGGAAAUCAGACGUAUUGACAAAAAAGCCAAUGAGGGUCUCCCAGAGGAAUGGGACGCAAUGACUGAUGAGCUGUACAAGGUGUGUCCUCUUCAAUCUGACAGCAAUGAGUACAAAGACGUUCUUCAACUCUUUAGAAAAACCUGCCAAAAUAAUGUUCUUAAGAUUGAACGGAUACAGAAUCCUGGCAUGUGGAAGAACUACCAAAAUAACAAGCAAGUCAUGGAACAGAAAAAUGGCCAUCAGAACAACGAGAAGAGGCUUUUUCAUGGAACCAGAGAGGAUUCAAAAGAGCACAUCAAUAAGAGUGGAUUUAAUCGCAGCUAUGCAGGGCUUAAUGCUACAGCCUUUGGAAAAGGCACCUACUUUGCGCUUAAUGCAAGCUACUCUGCACAGAACACAUAUUCAUUACCAAAUGCACAAGGAGAAAAGCACAUGUAUUUAUGCAGAGUUCUUUCUGGAGACUACACAGCUGGAAAUUCUACAAUGAUCGUUCCUCCAAACAAAAGCACGAACACCUUAGAUCAAUACGAUACUGUAGUGGAUAACCCUGCAGGUCCAACCAUCUUUGUGGUGUUCCGUGAUUACCAUGCUUAUCCAGAGUACUUAAUCACGUUUACAUAACCUGCAAACUAAGAAGUGUUUUGAGUUAAAUUCUUAAAUCUGGUUGAUUCUACUAUCACAAGACUGAAUAUAGAAAAACGAUCCACCGAUUGGUUAUUUUAUCAAGACGUGACUUUAUGAUGCUGAUAUUACAUUUAACCCAAUGAGGCGUUAAACAAAUAUCUUUGGGGAAAAUCUGUAAUUAGGAACAAAUACUGUCUAACUAAAACACCUUUUUUAGUAAAUUAGUAGCAUGACUGCUAUUGGGUGCUAGACUGGUCUGUUCCAGCUCUGAGCAUUACUGAGUCAAGUCAUCAGUUAAUGAAGACAAGAUAUACCUGGUUUGGGAGAAAACGUCAAGCGGCUCACAACUAUGCACUUAUUUACCUUGUUUAUUUGUGUUAUUAAGUCAGAACUGUUUAUUAUGACCACAAGAAUACUUAGAAUGCUUUCCCAAUUUUCAUAAAUCUAUCAUUGUAUGAACAGAUUAUUUAGGAUUGCUUUUAUGAUGCUGAUAUUACAUUUAGCCAAAACAAUGUGGAGUGGGGAAAAUCUGUAUUUAGGAAACAUUGAACAAAUACUGUCUAACUAAAACACCUUCUCAAGAAUGGAACUUAAGGUGUGUUAUUAGUAAAUUAGUGGCCUUAUUAAGAAAAUUGUGUUUUAUAGACACGAUUAUUGGUACAAGCCUGUACGAGAUUCAGCAGACUUUGGAGAUUGUUCUGAUCAAACACACCUGAUUCACCUCACAUACUGGACUCUAAACCCUGCUGUAUGACUUAACUUAAUGGUUUGCUAAAACUGUACCACUGUUGACCCAUUACAUAUGAAAAAUAUGUUUCUUGUAUGUUUAGUGAAUACAACUUUGACUGUA